AUUUCAAAUAAGACGAAUUUUGUUUGAUGAGUCAGAGAAUCGAGAAAAUUCCAGUGUCGUAGAGGCGCACGGUUCGUACUGUCUGGCAGCGUGCAGAUGUUAUUCACGCCAUUUAUUUCAAUGAUCACCUUUGGUUGUUGAUUCGAUUUUAAGCACAGUUUUUAAAGCAACUGGUCGCUGAAACAAAACUCCAAAUGACAGAAGAACUUCAAGACGGACAACAAUUGAGCGACGGCGACAAAGCAGCGGAAAAACCAGCUCAAGACAAUCCUGAUCAAGAGACCGAACAAAAAAACGUGCAGCUGGCUUCUUCAGGGCCACCAGAAGAAGAGGAGUCUAAACCAGAUGGCUCAGCACCACUGGAGCCUGUCUUUAAUACAGGUGUUACAGAUGCAUCUGAGAGUGUUGAGCCUGUGAAAGAUGCAGGUAAAGGACCUGCUGCAAAUGAAGAACAAGGAAAUCAGAAUGAAUCAGAGGAAAAAAUGCCAGAAGAAAGUAAUAGUAGUGAAGGAAAUACAGCAGGACCUAACAAGGAAGAAAGAGGAGUUAGUAAAGAUGGCGAGAAACAGUCAGAAGUACAGGAAGGUGCUAGUGUGCAACACGAAGAAACCAUUGCUCAAAAACCCACUGAUGAACAACAAGCUGAGGUGAAACCAGAGAGGGAAAGUGAGGGACCUACAAAGGAAGAAAACAAGGAGGAACAAGGUGCAGUUGGCCAAGGGGAGGACAAGCCAGCUCAAGAAAAUGAGUCAAAUGAAGAAAAAGCACAAGAUCAUACAGAGAAUACAGAAAUCACUAUCCCAACUGUACCCGGUUCUGAAUCUGAAAACGUUUCUCCUCAAGAAGCAAGUCAGAGUAAAGCUUUGGACAACGGUGAAAGCACAGAAGAUUCUGCUAAAGAGACUGCUCCUGAUGUAACCAAUCCUGAAACUGAAAACGAGAUUCCACAACAAGAAACUGGUCAGGAAGAAGCUACAGAGGGCACUGAAACUACUGAAGAUUCUCCUCAAAAACCCAGUGACAAAGAUGAAACUGAUGGAGCAACUAAAUCAGACAUAACACCUGUUGAGAGAGAAGAUGCCAAAGAUAACCAGACAGUACAAGCAACUAUUGAAAAUGAUCCAACAGAUGUGAAGCAAGAGGAAGUUUCAGAAGAAGCUGACAAGCCUGUGAAAAACCAGGAACACAUCCAGUCAGAUGCUCCAUCCACAGAACAACAGCCUGUUGUGACAACAACACAGAUUGCUGCAGUACCAGCUGGUGAGGCGCCUCAAACUAAACCUGGUGAACUUCAAGAGGAGAACAAAAAGCUAAAACAAGAUUUGUUUAUGAUGAAACAACAAGAGGAUGCCUACAGAAUCAAGGUCCUCAGCUUGGAGCAAGAAGUUGGAAAGUUAAGAGCAAGGAAGAUUGAUAACAAAAGCCAAGAUUCACUUGCCUCAGACUCCGACAGUUACUUGAAGCAGAAGUUGGCAGAAACUGAGAGGGAUCUGGAUACUGCAGAGAGGAAAGUGAAGGACUUGCAGCUGAGACUGAAACGAUUUGCUAAAGAUGACCAAAUAAAGGAUGAAAAAAUCUUCCAUAUGGAAAAGGAAGUCAAAGAGUUAUCAGAACAUGUUAAGAGAUUAGAGCGGUCAAUGGAGGAUUCCAAAACAGAGAAAAAUAAUAAUGCAACACUACAGGCAAACCCUGACAAAAAUGAUUCAAGAGUUUGUAUAAUUCUUUGAUAUUGAAAACUGCUUUUUUUUUACACCCAUUUUUAUUUCUUUUUUGAAUGUUGUAGAUUUAAAUUUGCACAAUUGAACUUUUGCUAUGGAUUGACAGUACUUGAAUGAGUAUGUAUUUUAUAAUUACUAAUUUAUUGACAUUUUAUUUUUGUCAGAGUUAUUUAAGGUUUGUUAAUAGUACUCAACUUUAAUUGGCACUCUCAUUUUGCAAACCUGAAAUUCUAAGGACUAUUUUUUGUGCAUACCAGUAUUUUUGAUACCUGUAGAUACUCUUUUUUCAGACACCAUACUUUGAAAGUUAAUAUAAAUUUGCAUACCUAACAAUUCAGUUGAUCUGACAUCUGAAAUGUUUUAUGGGAUUCCUAUGCUAGACUUGACACUUGCUGAAAUUCAAACACCUCAAGUCUUGUGGACUUGAAAAAGGAACAAAAUAUCAUGAUGAGAAUCAAAAGCUUAUGUAUAUAAUUCAACUCUUCUUUCAGAAAAGGAUUGCUUAAAAAAUCCAAAUUAACUUAUUUCUUUAUAAGGCCCUGGUGGCAUUUCAUUAUGUUUACAUACUAAUUCAUAUGUUUAUAUUAGAGUUAGUCCAAUGUGUUUAAUACUUAAUGUGCAAUGUUGGGUAUAAGAACUCCAUUUUUCAUAAUUUCUGAGGACCACAAUGAGUGGUACAAAGUACCCAAAGGAAGAAUCAUAGCAUUAGUGACAAACACAUCAAGUUUCAUUUAAUAAAUCACUUGUUCACCCCUUGCCAUGCUGUAUUAUGAGAUUUGAUUAAAUCAAUGGAUAAACAG